UCGUACGUCCUGUCUCCUCCCACCCAUAACACGAUAUGUUUGCUCCAUGGCAGGGGCUAGGACUUACAACUGGCUUGUUUAUGAUGUGGUAGAGAGGGUAAAAAUAUUCGAAACGGAGUAGGCUAAUGGUCGUCAGAUAUAAUGAGUAGCCGCAAAAGGCAUGUUCAUUGCUGAGGAGACUGUGAGAUGGAAUAUAUUAGUGAGCGUCAUUCACCAUGGCAAACUACUGUACUACUAGGGCAUUUCCAUAGCAUCUGAGCAGAGGAUGAACCUGAGGAAAGGCAGCAAGGUGGCAGGGGACUGUGACAGCCUCCAGAUGGAGAGCAAGACAUCCGAGCAGACGCAUAACAUCGGGCAGAAGAAUGGAGAGAUCAUGGAAUCUGAAGAGGUGGAGAAUGGCAAGUCUGAACCCAUAGUUCCUGUGGCCAUGGAUGGGCCCGUCACUGCACCUGAUGGGGGUUGGGGCUGGGUGGUGUUGGUGUCCACCAUCCUGGUGCAAGCCCUGACUUUGGGCUUUUCCUCCUGCAUAGGCAUUUUCUACGCGGACCUACAGACAGAGUUCCAGGCCAGCAACCAAGAGACUUCCUGGGUGCCUUCAAUAAUGACAUCAGUGCUUCAUGCUGGAGGUCCAUUCUGCAGUGUAAUGGUGGAGAGGUUUGGUUGCCGGACGACGGUGAUGGUGGGUGGGGUCCUGAGUGGUCUUGGAAUGGCGGCCAGUUCAUUUACCCACACCAUCACUGAGCUCUACGUCACAGCUGGGGUUAUUACAGGACUUGGAUUCUGCUUCAGCUUCCAGCCCGCAGUGACUAUUCUUGGGCACUAUUUUAUGCGUCGGCGGGGUUUCGCCAACGCAAUGUCGUCCACGGGCACUGCCCUGGGCCUGUGCACCCUGCCCCUCCUGGGAAACUACCUCCACACUGAGCUGGGCUGGCGGGGGAGCUUUCUGGUUCUGGGGGCCGUCCUGCUCAACUGCUGUGUGUGUGGAGCUGUGAUGAGGCCUCUGUGGAGCCACAGACAUCGUGGCCAGCCCCUGAUGAACCACGGGCCUCUUCAGCCGGAGGAGGAAAAGCCAAAGGGGAGUAUGAGGGCCUUGUGGGGUGGCCUGAAGGCCGCCUUGCACCAUCACAUGGCCUUUGACCUCUUAUGUAACAACUUGCGUUACCGCGUGUUCUCUGUGGGCAUCACUUGGAUGAUGCUUGGCUUCUUGGUGCCGCUGAUCUACCUUGUGCCCUACGCCACGGCCCACGACAUGGAGCAGAGCCGGGCCGCCCUCCUCCUCUCCAUCCUGGGUAUCGUCAACAUCAUGGUGCGGCCGUCCAUUGGCCUGCUCUUCAGUCUGCCCUGGUUCAAGGGGCGCUACAUCUAUGUGUUCUCUGCUGCUGUGCUGAUGAACGGACUGAGUAAUAGUAUCUGCUGUAUCGAUGCCAGCUUCCAUGUGCUGCUGGUGUACGUGGUGACCUAUGGCCUGUCCAUGAGCGUGGUGGGCUCGCUGAUGUUCACUGUCCUCAUGGAUACGUUGGAUAUGAGUCGCUUCCCCGCUGCCCUGGGCCUGCUCGCCAUCAUGGAGAGUGUCACGCUACUGAUCGGGCCCCCGCUCGCAGGAAUCCUGGUGGACCGAACUGGGGAGUAUUUCUAUGUCUUCUUCGCCUGCAGUGCGACUGUUGCCUCAUCAGCUGUAUUCCUCAUGGUGUCCUUCUACUGCCUGGACAGAAAGGGGCAGCAGGUGCCACCGCAGGUCUCCCCACCAAAGCUUGCCAGUGUUAACAAUGUGGUCCCCCAGUGCCAGUACAGCAGUGUGCCCACCAAGGGGGACAAAGACAAGGCCUCAGACUCUGAGACUGGGGAUGUCAGCUGCCUGUGAACAGCAUCAUUGUCCAAACACAUACCCCAAACUCACAGAUGUAUAUUUCCUAUGAUUUUGUGAUUGUAUACCCUGUGCUGCUGAUCUUACAGUACAAGUGUAUGAUAAUUGAUAUGAUAUCCCAAUCUGUUAGCAUCUGACACUCCAAUUAUAGUAUACACACUCUUGCCUCUUGACUGUUAGAGUAUUGGUGAGUGCAAAUGGGUUGAGUAUUUAAUCCAAUGGGUUCCUGCUAGGAGUGGAUUAUUCAUUGCUAUUACAGUCUGCAUUGUUUAUACGGACUAAUACUGUUAUUGGUGAUCGAAUACAGUACUUUUUCACACAUUCCACAAACCUGUGCCUUUCCCCCUCACACCCUGUUACACAUUCAUCAAUAUCAAGUUGUUCAAGAAGACAUACCUUAGGAAUCCUUCCCCACCCUUCAACAACCAAGAUUGUGAAAAAAAACAGAUGUGCCUUGUACAUGCAAUCAAUCAAAAUAAACAUUUAAUAUCUGUAGG